AUGGAGCCCACUCACUUCAGGGAAGAUCCAAAUGCCAUUACUUCUCCGGACACUUUCUUUGGGUUCGGUCUCGUACCCGAGAAAGAAUCUGGUCGUGGAUCCAGGCAAGCAAUCGUUCCCGAAACUGAUGGCCAACCCCUGGUCGACACCUCUGCGGCAGCAGAUGGCAGGAAAAAGCUGGGGGGCUUUGCGAUCGUUGGCCUUAUUAGAUGGUUGAUCACAGCUCUGCUAUUAAUGGGAUUCGUCCUUGCUGUUCACUUUUACCAGGGAAAGGUUCUUGAUAAUAAUGACAAGUCGAUCUUCGAGUCUAUUAUCGUCACCCUAAGUCUAAUCGUGGGUCUCAACAUUGCAAGUGCCCUGAAGGAUAUUGCAAAGCACAUGAGAUGGUGGUUCCUCAGCCUUAAAAGACGGGAUUUGUCUGAGGUCGAACUCAUUUUGCAAAGUGACAGCUUGGUCAAUGUGACCAAGUUGAUAUGGCGGUCAUCUUCAAGUGUCACUAAGAUGGUCUGUCUUACAUGGCUUUUGUUGAAUAUCGGAAUGCAAGCCGCUAUAGCUGUCAUUAGCGUGACAUUCGAGGCUGAGCCCCAUGUUGAUGAUGUGUAUCUGUCAGAGCAGGGCCAGGUCUUUGUCCCUGAUAUGAGCGACUUCGCACGCGGCACGGGGCGCUUUCAAGACUCUCGAUACAAUCAAGAUUCAACUCUACAGAACUUGGGAGCAAGUAUACUAGGGGACAUCGGGAGCAGUUAUAACUACUCAGUCCUUCCGUCUGUGCCAUUGGCGGGAGAACCUCUAGCCAAGUUCCCUGCCAUGUUCUGGAAGACCGACGACUACUGGGAAUAUCACUAUCUCAACUCGGCGCCAAACACUGUAUCCGCUGGAACGAACUUUCUGGCGGUCUACUCGGACAGAAAGGUCUCAUCGCAAGCCGUGUGUGAAACGCCGGAGUAUAAUUCAACCAUAGACCAAGCCCGAUCGCUGCUCAUCGUGAACCAAACAAGUGGGAGAAACUUCACAUUUGACGCCAGCGCCUGGGGCCUCGAGUCCAACACAUAUGGGACGCUGCCCAUCCUGCGGCAACUCCGGACUGAUGUCUGUGGGUCAUGGGUCGGGUGCAGCACGGGCGAGUGUGGGCCAGGAUGCAGCACCGUGCAUGUGCUGGAGCCAAAAAGCGGCGAGGCUGUCGCGGGAUCGACCUUUGACAGUCCAACGAGCGGUUUCUUUUACUACGAGUGCAACAUCACCGUGUCCUCCGACCCACCGCCCGUCUCGGACCUGGACAACCUCACGCUCGCGCCCAUGCUCGCCGCCGCGGCCGCCCAGGCCAUCGCGCUGAAUGGGCUCAGCUCCAUUGACCCCAACGUACCGCUCAGUCGGAGUUUUAACUGGCAGCUUCCCUUCGGCACGCCAUUCAAUAACAGCGCGCCUGACAUGGCGAAUCAGCUCGCGCGGUAUGCCAUCGGCGUCGUGGCUGCUACUGCAUCGACGAAUCCGCGCAUGGCUAUCCCGGGCCGGCCCCCGGCUCAGGGUGUGCGUUUGAAUCUAGAGCAGCCGGUUGCGUUUGCGGUGAUCUUGGGACUCACGGCUGGAUUGCAAUUGUUGUUAACGGUGGUUGCGAUAAUGCUGGUUGGAGGAGUAUAUGUCCCAGGGAAUCAGGAGUGGAUGAGCAAGGAGACAUUGAAGCAGUUAUAUGCAUAUUGA